AUGGCCCUUCGAAAGGCCAAAAAAAAAAAAAAAACUCCUCUCCCGCUAAAAUGAACAUCGAAACAGACAACGAUUCGCUGCAUCAUAUUUUUCCUUUCCUUUUUUCCCCAUUCUCCUUGCAACCUACCGCAAUCUCGAAUCGGCAGCUAUAAACUGAAAAACAAAUAGAUUUGACUGUCAAAAUAUAUACCCUUUUUAGUGUUCCAAAUUUCAGAUUUUCUGACAUGACCGUUAGGCUCAGGAGCGUUAUUCCCAUCUUCUCUGUCAAACCACCCCUCCAAACCCCCAAAACACUCUCUCCAAGCUGCUCCAAUCACCCCAUCAUAUCGAAACUUAAGAGAUGCAGUGCACCGCGGGACCUGAAAUCCAUCCAUGCCUCCAUGAUCAAAACCAAUUCCCACCAACAGACUUUCUUCAUGAACCAAUUCCUGACCACCUGCUGCCGGCUCCACGAGAUCGAUUACGCCUUCCUGACCUUCACCGACAUGGCCCAUCCCAAUGUUUUCGUGUACAACGCCAUGCUUGGCGGUCUCGUUGGCCAUUCCCAACCGAUCAGAGCCCUUCGAUUAUACGUAGACAUGUCGAGAUCCCAUCUUCUCCCCACAGGCUAUACCUUCUCCUAUUUGAUCAAGGCCUGCAUGCAAGUACCUGCUCUUGGACUCGGGGAAGCUGUUCAUGGGAAGAUCUGGAGGUUUGGCUUCAGUUCCCAGCUUUUAAUUCAGACCGGACUGGUAGAUUUCUACUCGAGUUUGGAUAAGAUUGAGGAGUCGAAGAGAGUGUUCGAUGAAAUGUCUGAAAGAGAUGUUGUGUCAUUGACGGUGAUGUUGUUGGGCUAUGCGCGUGUUGGGGAUUUGGACUCAGCGAGGAGACUCUUUGAAGAGAUGCCGCAGAGGAGCAUUGUGUCAUGGAAUACUAUGAUAGCAGGGUAUGCAAGGGCUGGGGAUGUGGAGUCGGCUGCUUCCUUAUUCAAUGGCAUGCCCAACAAGGACUUGGUCUCAUGGACCACCAUGAUCUCUUGUUACUCUCGAAACAAGCACUUCAAGGAGGCGGUCGAGACCUUUGAAGGAAUGAAGUCUGCAAGGGUCAGCCCCGAUGAAGUGACGAUGGCCACUGUUAUCUCAGCUUGCGCUCAUUUAGGAGCCCUCCAGGUGGGAAGGGAGCUGCACCAGUAUGCAUUGCUCAAUGGGUUUGAUCAUGAUGUUUAUAUGGGAUCGGCGUUGAUCGAUAUGUAUGCAAAGUGUGGGAGCAUGGAGAGAGCUCUGGUGGUUUUUUACAAGUUGGCAGAAAAGAAUCUGUUCUGUUGGAAUUCUGUCAUCGAGGGGCUGGCGGUUCACGGGCAUGGAAACGAAGCACUUGAUAUGUUCCAUAGGAUGAAGAAGGCUGGGCGGAUAGUCCCAAACAGAGUAACCUUUGUGAGUGUUCUUAGUGCUUGUGCUCAUGCCGGCUUGGUUGAAGAAGGCCGCAGGAUGUUUUCAAGCAUGAUUAGGGACUAUUUGAUCUCUCCAGAGAUGGAGCACUAUGGCUGCAUGGUGGAUCUUCUAGGACGUGCUGGUCUUUUACAAGAGGCACUGGAUUUGGUUCGGAAUAUGGUUGUAGAGCCGAAUGCAGUCAUCUGGGGCGCUUUACUGUCGGGGUGCAAAAUCUACGGGAAUUUGGAGAUUGCAGCAGCAGCUGUGGAGAAGCUGAUGGUUUUGGAACCAAACAACAGCGCACAUCAUAUGCUUCUAGUCAAUAUGCAUGCAGAAGCAAAUCGGUGGGACGAGGUUGCGAUAGUGAGGGGGAUGAUGAAGGGCAGGGGAGUCCAGAAGAGGGGUCCGGGGUGCAGUUGGAUUGAGAUGGAUGGGGUAGUCCAUGAAUUCGCUGCUUCAGACAAGUUUCAUCCCUCAAGCAAUAAGGUUUGCUUGUUACUGGUUGGAUUGGAUGGGCAGCUGAAGCUUGCUGGCUAUUCACCAGAAUUGGAUCUCAAUUCAUUAUUGUAGUGUGAAAUUUUUCUGGGAACCAUAUUUUUCUGUGCAAAGAAGAGCACUUGUAGUGCAGUGGCUUGCCAAAUUUGCCAAUGCCCUCUCUUUGGUAUAAAGAUGCUGAAAUUCUCAGCUAUGGUUAUUGGGGUGACACUGGCCAAUUACUUAAUCACAAUACAACUGGCUAUCACCAAUCAGACCUUCUCGUAUUGCGGACGUGCUGGUAUGGAAGCUUGCUUCUAAUGGCAUGUUCUCCAUGGACUCGCUCUACAACUUCCUGAACUUUGGUGGACUCAAUUGCCCCUUCUCAAAAAUUAUUUGGAAGGCGGCAACUUCGGAGAAGGUGAAAGUUUUCUUGUGGUUAGCGGCGAGCAACAAAUUACAUAUGAAUGAAUUAUUAGAGAUGAAGGGAUGGAAUGUGAGCUCUGGCUGUGUUUUGUGUGGUUCAAGAGUUGAGUCAGUCAACCAUCUGUUUUUUUGAUGCCCAUUUGCUAAGAGUUUGUGGACCACCAUCAGGCUAUAGCUGCAACUCAGAGGGCAGCCAACUGAACUUCCAUAGCCUCUGGAUUGAAUGGAGAAGGAAGAACAAUAUCAGAUUGGAUAAGAAGGCAGGGGACCAGCUAAUUGCCACCGUUUGUUGGCAAACUUGGAGGGAGAGGAAUGCUCGAUUGUUUCUGAAUAGAAAAGGCUCUGUUUAUUCUGUGAUUCAGAAAAUUCUGCUCUCCUAUUGCAGUUGGAGCCAUCUCUGCACCGCCAAGAUGGAAGAUUCCCAUCAGCACCUUGGGAGUAGACUACUAUCCUUAGUUCACCCCAGUAAUUCUUGAAUGGGAAUGCGAAACAUUUCUAUAGCCUCCUGUACUUUGCUUCUUAUUUUCCUUCUGCAAUGCUGUAACCUCUGUAAAUCACACUCUAUGUCAACUCCUGUAAAUUUCUUCUUUCAAUAAACAGGGGGUAGCUCUCUGCUGCCUCCAUUUUCCAUCAA